GAAAUGAAAGUGAAACUUGUUAGUGCUUUCCAUGUUACGUUUAAGGAUACAAACUGAUUCUGUGUCUCACUGCCGUCUUUGUGCCAUCAUGUCGCACUCUACACCAGUUCUGGGAGUGUGUCGCUUCUGUCACCAGCGGGAACAGAAUAAGGAGACCGGUGCUUUGCUAAAGACCAGUGAUGAUGGUGUAACAGCCCACUUUAACUGCAUGAUCUUUUCACCUAAAGUGAUAACAGUAAAAUCACCCAGUGAGGAGUUCGGUGGAUUUAAUAUCCAUUCUGUGAAAAAAGAAAUCAAACGUGGAAAAAAUAUGAAAUGCAAAGUGUGUGGAAAAAUUGGAGCAACUAUUGGCUGCGAGCUAAAACGGUGCAGGAAAACGUAUCACUAUAUGUGUGCGAAACGUGACGGUGCUGAAAUUAUUGAUAAUGAAGACGAAGAAAAAUAUUUAAUUUACUGUAAAGACCAUAAAAAUGACAAGCAGGAUAAAGAUGGAUAUCCUUCAUACUCAGGAACAAGUUCAGAUUUGAGCACCAGUUCAUCUACAGAGGAUUCUGAUGCAUCAGUCAAACGAAGUGGAAGGAAAAAAAGGAAACAGAAGGAAACUGAGGCCAGUACAGCAAGAAAGAGAACAAAAGCAAAAAUGGCAGACUUUAAUGAAAGCGGGAAAGAACAAGACAGUGCAGAUAUCUCUGAGCCUGGCCUAUCCUCAAGGAAUUCUGACACAUCAAACAUAGAACAGAGGCAGAAAAAGCAGAAGCAGAAGGACCUUGAAGACACCACUCCAAGAAGGAAAACGAAUGCAAGGAAGAAAAUUAUAUUUGCUAUGCCCAUUAGUGAAAAUCAGGAUGCCAACGAAGUCUGCACCCCAAACCAAUCAUCAGAAGGACUACUGCCUGUGGAGGGAACAGAACAUAACACGUCAUGUGAUCGAUCAUCGAGUGAAAGCGACUCAAGUGAAUCCUUAUUGAGUCCAAAACAUAAACUACUUAAUUACUUGUCCUUAACUGUGGCACAGAGUACAAGUUCUCCCAGAACAAAAGACACAGUUGAGGCACAGAGUACAAACUCUUCCCAUGGCCUGUUAGUGGCAGGGUGUCCAGGUUCUCCUAGUGGACCAAAUAUGAGUAGUGCUCUUUCUACUUCUGAAUCAGUUUUAGGGGGUACUCAAAACCAAGAUGGGCCAUUUGCGGACAUUGAUACUUCUACCAAAGUUGCAUUUUUCAGUGAAUACACAAAUAUUAGAGAUCAGAUGUUAAAAGGCGACCUAAAAGAAGGAGUUGCCAAAGGCUUCUGGACUAAAUGCCAAACCAACCACUGCAGAAAAUUCUUGUUGGAGAACAUUGAGAACUCUGUAAAAUCAGUCAGACAGAAAAUCCUCAGUGGGGAAGCUGAAAAUCAAGAUUACGAGGCAGCAUUUAUGUAUCUGUGGGGAAGCGGAUGCCUAGAAAGUGUUCUUUUACAAGAAAAGCAAGCAAUCCAAAGGAAGCUCCAGUCUAUUGAGGAAACUCAAGAUAGACUACAAAAAGAGUACAAGGCUCUGACAGACUUACUGGGAACAGGAAAAUGAUACGGAAGAAACCUAUCCCAUUACCAGCCACAUCCGUAGACUAGUAGUGACGGAAGUUUAAGUCAAACACAACAAUCCAGACGUUGGGUGAGGCGGCCAAACAAGUGCAUUUUUAAUGGAUUUAGCUGUCAACAAGCUGGGAUUAAUUGUAUUGGGCCCCAGGCCAACAAUUACAUAAUAAUGGGGGCCUAGGGAGACCAUUGCAUUAAUGUGCCAAAGCAAUCUGACAGAUAUCAGUCAGGUCGGCAGUUGGGAGGGCUCUGUACAAAAGCCAAGAGGCAGUGUAUUGACAGCUUUACUCUGCUGCUAGUCAGUCUGCAUAGAACUAUUGCCCCAUCCUAUCUCAGGCCUAACAUGUUAGCAGGGGUUUUCACCUCCUGCUUUUAUAAUCUGCUUUGUACCCGUGUCCAUUCAUAAAUUCAAACUGCCAACUGGUUGCAGGGUCAUAUCAGGUAUAGAUUGACUUAAAAGCAGGUUUGUUGGUCUCUUGCUGAUGCUUUAGUACUAGGGAUGCACCGAAUCCACUAUUUUGGAUUCAGCCCCUGAAUCUUUUCGCAAAAGAUUCAGCCGAAUACCGAACUAAAUCAAAAUCCUAAUUUGCAUAUGCAAAUUAGGAUUUGGUUCAGACAGGCUGAAGGAUUCGGCCAAAUCCAAAUCCUGCUGAAAAAGGCUGAAUCCCAAACCAAAACUAAUUCGGUGCAUCACUAUUUAGUACAUAGAAGCUAAAUAAGCAACAAUUUAAAGGCAACUAGUCCUAGUUAUAGCAAACAUCCCUGUUCCAACUCCCCCCCCCCCCCCAACAAAUUAAAAUUAUAGCCCUUAAAUACUGAUCCAGGUCGUGGCAUGUAAACUUUUUUUUUUUUUAAAGUAGGUUAUUUACGUUUUUUUUUUAACAAUAAACCAAUGAACAAAGAAAAACAAUUGUGCAUUUGUUCCUAUUUACGUGAAUAAGUUUUCAUUAUCUGUUAUACAUAUAUUUAGUUAUACAUUAGAUAACACAUACCCAUCAAUGGAACAGGUCUGUAGAGUGCUUAAUUAUGGGGAAUAAGGGAGACUCUUCAGGCUUAGCAUCCAGCCAGGAUGACCAGAUUUUUACAAUUUUUUCAGGUGAGCCUCUAGCAAUGUAAGUCAAUUUAAUAAGCGGGAGUGUUUUAUUAGUCAACUCCUUCCACAUAGUAACCAUGGGGGGGCUCAUCCCCUUCAUUAUCACUAGUUUGUUACCGUAGUAUAAAGUGGCAUGUAAACUUUUUAAAUGAAAAGUGAAGAAUGAGUGCAUGCAUGAAACAAAUCCCAUAUGCUUUUUUAAAAACAAUUUUGUUUAUUGAAAUGUACAAAAGUUACAUUAGUACAUGACAUCAUAUAUUGUACGGUUUUAAGACAAAGACAAAUGCAACAAUAAACAAAACAAUGUGCAUUUA